CUUCCUUCUCGGCUCCUCCCGCUUACUCUUCCCGCAGCCCUCGCUUCUCUCUUCUAAUCUGUGGCAGUGGGCGGUUUGUCCUCCUCUGUGCUCCAUUUUAUCUUCUCUCUGCGCUCGCCCCUCGGCGCGUGCUGCUUCCCUACUCCUUCCCUUGGAGUUGUUUUUCCUCCCUUUCUAGUCCUUGGCCCGCCCCCUCCUUUCUUUUUUUCGUUCCUUCCCCUAUCCUCCUGACCCCCGCCAUGAAUGAGGAGUACGACGUGAUCGUGCUGGGCACCGGCCUCACGGAAUGUAUCCUUUCUGGGAUCAUGUCAGUAAAUGGAAAGAAGGUCCUUCACAUGGAUAGAAACUCCUAUUAUGGAGGUGAAAGUGCAUCCAUUACACCACUGGAAGAUUUAUAUAAGAGGUUUAAUAUACCAGGAACACCACCAGCCUCAAUGGGAAGAGGAAGAGACUGGAAUGUGGACCUAAUCCCCAAAUUCCUUAUGGCAAAUGGUCAGUUGGUUAAGAUGCUGCUUUAUACAGAAGUCACCAGGUAUUUGGACUUCAAAGUAACCGAAGGAAGUUUUGUCUACAAAGGAGGGAAAAUCUACAAAGUUCCUUCCACAGAGGCAGAAGCCUUGGCAUCUAGCUUGAUGGGGCUUUUUGAAAAACGUCGGUUCAGGAAAUUCUUAGUGUAUGUUGCCAACUUUGAUGAAAAAGACUCCAGAACUUUUGAGGGUGUCGAUCCCAGGAAGACUACAAUGCGAGAUGUAUACAAGAAGUUUGAUUUGGGCCAAGAUGUCAUAGAUUUCACUGGCCACGCUCUUGCCCUUUACAGAACUGAUGACUAUUUAGAUCAACCAUGUUAUGAAACCAUCAACAGGAUUAAACUUUAUAGUGACUCUUUGGCAAGAUACGGCAAGAGUCCAUAUCUUUAUCCGCUAUAUGGCCUUGGAGAACUGCCUCAAGGAUUUGCAAGGCUAAGUGCCAUUUAUGGAGGUACCUAUAUGUUGAACAAGCCAAUUGAAGAAAUCAUUGUAAAAGAUGGACAAGUGGUUGGUGUAAAAUCUGAAGGAGAGAUUGCUCGUUGCAAGCAGCUCAUCUGUGAUCCUAGUUAUGUAAAAGACAGAGUAAAAAAAGUAGGCCAGGUGAUCCGAGUCAUCUGUAUCCUAAGCCACCCAAUUAAGAAUACCAAUGAUGCCAAUUCAUGCCAGAUCAUCAUUCCACAGAACCAGGUUAACCGGAAAUCAGAUAUCUACGUUUGCAUGAUUUCUUCUGCACACAAUGUGGCUGCACAAGGAAAGUAUAUUGCCAUUGUUAGUACUACUGUGGAAACCAAAGAACCUGAGAAAGAAAUCAGACCAGCAUUAGAGCUUUUGGAGCCAAUCGAACAGAAAUUUGUUAGCAUCAGUGAUCUGUAUGUUCCAACUGACUUGGGAACAGAAAGUCAGAUCUUCAUUUCCCGCACUUAUGAUGCUACAACUCACUUUGAGACAACUUGUGAUGAUAUUAAAGACAUCUACAAGAGGAUGACAGGGUCUGAGUUUGACUUUGAAGAAAUGAAACGAAAGAAAAAUGACAUUUAUGGGGAAGACUAAUAGCAGUAAUAUGCUAAUAUCCAAUUAGGAGAAAUUUAAAUUUCAACUAAUACAGAAUUAUAUCAAGAACCUAAUGAACAUUAUAUGAAAUCAAUAUUGUAUGGCCUGCUUUUGUAAUCACUUCUUUGAAAUUGAAGAGUACUAUUGCCCCUAAAUGUUCCCUUCUAUUCUCCUACCCUUCCUCUCCUCCCCAGUUUAAUAUCAUGUAUUACUGUCUUUCUCCUGGGAUGACCAUCUAGAAGUUACAGAUUGCUAACAUUAUGUUCAAUUUCAAGUGUGAGAGGGGUGUGUGUGUGUGUGUGUGUGUGUGUGUGUGUGUGUUUUUAAGAGAAAGCACAGUUUAAACAUACACUCAUUGAGGCAGACAAAUAGAACUUGAUACAGUAUUUGUAUCUUUUAAUAGUAUAGCUUUUUCAAUUGUAUGCUUAUUGGACUCCUGUUGAUUCUUUUAAGUUCAUGUGCUAUCUGUUCUCUUAAACAUUAAGAAAACUCUAAAUUGAACACUCCAUUAUUGGGCAGCGUCCCUCCAAGUCCCACAACUUCACGUCAAGUAUUUUAACAGUGCCCAAAUGUCAUAGUCAUCAGUUAUGGGCGUAGAUUUCUAACUGAGCUUUAGCUUUUGAAACUGUUCAUGUAAUUUAGAAGAGGCCUGUGUGCCUAAAAGCUGUUUUGGUGUUUUGACCUAAUAAAAUGGAUUUUAAUUAAUAGCAGGCAAGAUGUGAAAGUAACCUAUCCCCCUUGGCUUUUUGGAUGGACCAAACCAGUGUAGUGUUUAAUUACACAGAGCCUCCUCCAAAUCCAUGAUGUUUCAUAAAUGGCUCUAAAUGAUUUCUGUACUGGAAAGUAAAGCCAAACUCUGGAAAACAGUACCUGUUUAUUAGUCUAUUUGCUUCUCCUUAUAAUACAUUGGCCUUACCUGCUUUUUCCCCAUAUUAGACGUUUUGGAAAUAGCAUUUUCAAGCACAGGCAUGCUCCCACCUACUCAGAAAUGACCCAGGAUUAACUGCAUUAACCAUUAGGUAAUAGUAUUAUGUUGUACCAACUCUGAAGGAUUCUGCUUUUAUUCAGUUAAGCAAGAAUUGACCAUAAAGUUUCUAAAUGGACAUCAUCUGUCAAAAUUAACCUCAGUCAGCAACCAUUUCAAGAGAAAUGGAAAAGAAUGUUUUGGUAUGUGGAAGUUAAUAGAAAAACGUUUUUUGUUUGCUUCCAGAAGGCCUAUUAGAAUUAAUAGUGAAGGGAAAAGGCUUUGACCUGCACCUAUAACCCUUUUCCAAUGAGUGCACUAAAUUACAUGCUUUUUAGUUAACUGCCACCUUAGAAAGGAGCCUCCUAAAAGGGGGAUUUGGCAAGGAGUGGGAAUGCUCAAAGGGGGAAAAGAUUGUCAAGUGGGAUCCUCUGCUAUGAGAAAUUUGGCCCCAAACUCUUGAUUUUAAUCUUGGCAACUUUUGUUAAAUAUAAAGAAGGCUCAUUUAUUUUAUUUAGGCAUUGUUGUAGUUAAAGGAGUGCUGAUUACAGAUGAUGAUGGGAAGAAUAUGAUAGAGAAGCUGAUAUCUUAUCUUCCCUUUUCCAGUAUUCUUCCACCUACUCUCAAAAGGAAGGAGUUAGAUUAUUACCAACUUUGAAUUUUCUAUCAAGGGAUUAGCCUGCUCUUCACUGUCUAUAAGCCUAAAAGAUGUAAUACAGUGGCCUAAAGUGGCUUUAGGCCCACUUUUUUUAUAAGUCAU